AUGGCGGCUCCCACACAGUUGGCUUAUCGCACCUCCAAGGGCAUCGGGGUCUUCAACGCGGCCCCCGCAUACGAGGCUCUCCCAGGCUUCACACCGCCUGAAGGCAACCUUCGCUGUAAAUGUUACUCGCCUGACAGCAGGUACUUCGCCUGGGCCUCGCCCGAACAGGUUUCGGUCAUCGACGCCUCGAACGGCAGCCUUAUCUCCACCGUCCCCGCAGUCAACGUCUUCCAGAUCGGCUUCUCGCCAUUGGGCACCUACAUCAUAACAUGGCAGCUGCCUUCGAAGGAUGAAGACGGCAACGCCAAGAAGAACCUUAAGGUCUGGAAGACUCUGCCCGACGAGUCCGAGCGCACCGAGCGCACAGUGGUUGGCGAAUACGUCCAGAAGUCUCAGACUGGCUGGAAUCUGCAAUACUCCCCCGACGAGAAGUUCUGCGCACGCACUGUCACCAACGAGGUGCAGUUCUUCCAGUCCGAGGAUCUCCGCAACCCCUGGAACAAGCUGCGCGAGGAGGGAGUGACAGACUUUGCCCUGUCGCCCGGAAAGAACCAUUCAGUUGCAGUCUUCGUUCCGGAGCGCAAGGGUAUGCCCGCCGCAGUCAAGGUCUUCCAGGUCCCUCAAUUCAACUCGCCUGUGUCGCAAAAGACUUUCUUCAAGAGCGACAAGGUCCAGCUGAAGUGGAACGAUCUGGGUACGAGCGUGAUCGUAUUGGCUCAGACCGACGUCGACAAGACCAACAAGAGCUACUAUGGCGAGACGAACAUGUACAUCCUUAGCGCUAACGGCUCCUUUGACUCCCGCAUCCAGCUUGACAAGGAGGGUCCGAUCCACGACGUUUCAUGGUCGCCAAACUCGAAAGAGUUUGGUGUCGUGUACGGUUACAUGCCGGCGAAGACCACCAUCUUCAAUGCUCGUGCUGUUGCUCAACACAGCUUCGAUCUGGGCCCAAGGAACACCAUCAGUUUCUCACCGCAUGGUCGCUUCGUGUAUGUUGCCGGUUUCGGCAACCUGGCUGGAGAUAUGGACAUCUACGAUCUCGAGAGAAACUACCACAAGGUCACGACCAUCAAGGCCGCCAACUGCACCUACUGCGAGUGGAGCCCCGAUGGCAGACACAUUCUUACAGCGACUACCAGCCCGCGUCUUCGUGUCGACAACGGCAUUCGCAUUUACCAUGUCACUGGACCUCUCAUGUACAACCAGGAUCUGACUGAGUUGUACCACGUUACUUGGCGCCCGCAAUCGCCUCAACAGCACUCGUUGGAUAACGUGCUGACUGCACCUGCACCUCACCCAUCAGCGGCUGCAUUCACAAGCACCCAGAAGACCCCCUCGAAGCCUGCUGGUGCUUACCGCCCCCCUGGUGCGAGAGGAACUGCCACUCCCCUCCUCUUCAAGCGCGAAGACGAGGGUGGUGCAGCUUACACCAACACUGGAGUGUCUUCGACCAAUGUUGGGUUCCAGAACGGCUUCGGCAGAGGCGGCCGCCGUCCGGUGCCUGGUGCCGAGCCUGCUGCAAAUCUGCCACCUGGUGCCGCUCCUGGAGGCGGUGUCAGCCUCUCUGGUACUGGAGAAGGGGAAGAGCUGUCCAAGGCAGCCCAGAAGAACAAGAAGAAGCGUGAAGCGAAGAAGGCUCGCGAGGCUGCCGACAAGGCCGCCGGUCUGACUGCCGACGCGCCCACUGGACCAGCUGGCCGAAGCCCUGAACGUCGUGAGAACCGUGAUGGCCGUCAGCGCAGCCACAGUAAGAAUGGAGGCUACGGGAACGGCAGGAGUCCUAGUCAGCAGCGUGCUUACGGCAACAGCCCUGAUCGCCGUGCUCGACCUCAAGAUGGCCAGCAGCGCCAGAGCUAUGGCCAGCAGCAGCAGCGUAGUCAGGAUGCUCGAGCUCCUCCUCCAGUCCAGACCACGAACGCCCCUGCUCCCGAUCUUACCGUCACUAGCCCUGGCGACGGUGGCAACCCUCAGGACAAGAAGAUUCGUGGCCUGCUAAAGAAAGUUCGCGCCAUUGACGAGCUCAAGAUGAGGCAAGCCGGCGGCGAGAAGCUCGAGGAUACUCAGAUUAAGAAGAUUGGUACCGAAGAAUCCAUCCGCAAGGAGCUCAGUGCGCUUGGAUUCCAAGGUUAG